UCGAGCAGCGGCAAAAGCGAAAAGAGCCAAGAUGGCGGACUGAGUGGCUUUUCCGAGAAGAUUCUCAUUUACGAUGUGUAGAGAUUGAAAUAUAGCAUCAGAACUCGUCUUUUCCAAAGCCCAUUAAACAUAAGUUGAGUUUGGAGCGAUGGAGUGUUAUCUGAAGUGAAGAUUGAAGACGUAAUAGAAGAUGGACGACUACUGCUAUGCUAAGAUGGCGACGUCCGCUAAAAGAGAACAUGAAAGAGAAUCAACGUCCAGCAAAUCACCAACGGAGAUAAAGACGAAAACCGCAGAUGAAGACGUCCAGCACCUGAUUGAUCAGUCAGAAGAACUUCCCCCUCAGUCGCCAGAGGUGAGCUCCACUUUGAAGCAGGCGACUCCACAGCCACCCCACAUUAAAAAGGAAGAGGAGGGACUCUGGAUCACUCAGGAGGGAGAGUAUCUUCUAGAACCACAGAAGGCUGAUCUCACCAAGUUGCCACUGACUGUUGUUUCUGUGAAGAUUGAAGAUGAUGAAGAGAAACCACAAGCAGACAACUUCUUAGCUCCACGAUCAGAAGACGAGUUUAAAGUAGCUUUGAGCAGUGGAACAGACUGUGAAGGUGAUAUGAGGACUCACACUGACAACAAUCACUCUGAAUGCUCUACAAAGAACCAUGAUAAAAAACUGUUGAGAUGCUCAUUUUGCGCUAAAAACUUUAAUAAAAAGUACAACUUGGUUCAACACAUGAGAACACACACAGGAGAAAAACCGUUUGAUUGUUCAGUUUGCGGUAAAAGCUUUGUUUCCAGAUCAGGUUUGACUAAACACAUAAUGAAACACACUGGAAGAAAACCAUUUACCUGUUCAGUAUGUGGUAAAAGCUUUCUUCAUAAGAGCAUUCUGAUUCAACACACGAGUACACACACCAUAGACAAACCAUUUCAUUGUUCAGUUUGUGGUAAAAGUUUUCCUCAUGAGAGCAAUUUGAUUCAACACAUUAGAACACACACCUCGGAUAAACAAUUUAAUUGUUCAGUUUGCAGUAAAAAUUUUCCUCACAACAGCAAUCUGAUUAAACACAUGAGAACACACACAGGAGAAAAACCAUUUAAUUGUUCAUUGUGUGGUAAAUGCUUUUCUCAGAAAUGCAGUUUGACUCGACACACAAGGACCCACACAGAGGAAAAACAUUUUUUUUGUUCAGUUUGUGGUAAAACAUUCCAUCGUAAUGCAGACGCAGCAAGACACAUAAGAACACACACGGGAGAUUAACCAACCAGCUGUUUAAUAUGUGGCUCAUAUGUGUCACCAAAACCAGGACACAAAUAUGUGAAGUCUUUGUACAAAGUCGGAUUAUCUGGAGCAUAGUCUUAUCUCCUCAUGACCCUAUGUCUUCUGUGUAUAUUUAACUUUUCUUGAUAGUAUAAUAAAUAAUGCUUGUAGUGUACGCCAGUACUUGUCAAGCUCUUCCAGAACUCCCCGGACACAAAGACAGUUCCAUCCUUCUGGAAAUGUGUCAACGAGAUUGAUAGCCGUAUCUCAGAAAGAAAAAAGGCAAGAUCUGUUGGAACUAUGGCUUGGAUUCACAUGAUGUCACGCCUGGCUCUUUAAAGGGGAACAUUAUCACAAUUUCAGAAUUGUUAAAGGG